AUGAUUGAUGCAAUUCCUGUUGAAUCCAACCCUGGUGCUACUAUUGCCAUACAUUCUCCUCUUCCUGGCCCUACACCAAUUGAUCAAUCAACCUCUCACAUCUCACCACCUAGGCCUUCAUUCUUUCAACCUUCCAUUCAAGAAGAACCCCUCUGGCAAAUGCUCCAAACUCCAAAGUCCACUGAACAAAACUCACUUAUUAUACUUCCAUAUCCUCCAACAGCCUCUAAAACACAAGCCCUUGAAACACAAACCUCUGAAAAGCAGGACUCUGAACCUAAACACUCUGAUAGAGAAACUCUCUCUCCUGCUCCCUCUGUCUCCUUUCCUACCAAUGUCGCCAUUUCUUCUUCAUCCAACAACUCUGAGACCACUAGGCAAUUCUUUCAAGUUGCACAUGAAAAGCUCUCAGAAAUUCCUGAAUAUUACCUGAACGUUCCUAGCCCAAGGCAAUAUCCUGGACCCAGACCGGAACCUAUGGUUGCUCCUGAUUUUCCAAUCAGAGCGGUCCCUCUGACUUCAGUGUCACCACCUCGUCCUCUUUCUCCUCCUCCUGAGAAAGAAAAGUCUGUCUCAAACCACUCUUCUGUCAAAUCUCCAAAUCCUUAG